UUUCACUUCCACUUUUGAAGUCUUCCUGUUAGUCUUUUCCCAUUCUUCUUCAUUUGUUUCUUCAAACAAAUUUGUUUCAUUUUCACAAAAUUCCCCACCUCUUUCUUCAUUUCUUGAAAUUCUUCUUGUUUCAGUCUAAUCCAAAAACAGUGAGAUAUAAUGGGAAAUGCUAUUAGGUCCCUGUAUGGGAGUUGUUGCAAGCCAUCAACACAAGAAGAUUCAGCAGACUCAUAUGGUGUCUCCACAACUACUGGUGUUGUUGUUGGUGUUUCAGCUCUAGCUCAUGAUCUUUUGAACUAUGAGCAAACUUCUCAGGUUCCUGAAGGGCUCAGUCAGCAUGUUGCAUCAUCAAAGAAAACUCAAGCUAAAUGUUACAACAAACUAUUGCAGGCAUGGAAAGAAGCCCAAUUACCACCAAGAACGCGUAAACAAGCUUCGAGGCUGAUCAUUCGGACCUUAAAGGAAUACCAAAGGACUGAUGUAGAGGGUCUAUUGAGAUUUUAUGGUCUUCCAAUUCCACGAAAACGGGUUGAAAUUCCUGAUGAAGAAGUCUUUCCUCCUACUCAGCCUGAAGGGGUGCAAUUCGAAUUACAAACGUUUCCGGUGGACGCAAGAGCUGUUGGCGAUGGGGAUGGCUUAACUGUUUAUGUUGACGCUACAGACCCCAGGGAAGCACCUAAUGUGCCCAGGGCUGUGCAACUGGCCGUAUCAAGACGAGCAAAAGCACGUGCAUCCAGGGAUUUUAAGACGGCAGACGCACAUCAGCAGGACAUUGUUGAUGCUGGUUACAGAGUCUUCAGUGGUUCAAACAACGAGGACAUUCUUGCCAAAAAGUAUCGUAUUCGAUUGAGGGGUAUUGAUGCACCAGAGAUGGAAAUGCCAUACGGAGAAGAGGCAAAGGCAGAACUCACGAAGCUACUCCAAGGAAAGUGUUUGACUAUUGGUGUUUACGGUGAGGAUCAGUUUGGUCGAAUCGUUGGAGAUGUACAUUGCGAUGGAAAAUUUGCACAGAAAAUAAUGCUCAGGAAAGGGCUUGCAUGGCAUUUUGAAAAGUAUGACAAACGCCCUGAACUCAAGAAGUGGGAGAAGCAGGCUAGGGAUGCUCACCGUGGAUUGUGGGCAUCUCCAAAUCCUCAAAAGCCAUGGGAAUGGAGGAAAAACAAUCGGAGGGACUGAAUCGUAUGAGAGUUCCGAACUGAAACUAUAGACUUCCUGGGUUCAAUUAUGCAAUGAAGGAGAAAGAAAUCAUGAGGACUGUGUCGUAGGCUCAUAGCAGAAAUGCAUGUGGCGAAGCCAACACAAUAAAUCUCUAAGACGGUAAAUACCAGCAUUAGCUAUCCAAAUCUCAAACUAAACAAAGGAGACACUGUGUACAUAUGUUUUCUUUUCUUUCCUUUUCACUUUUGCAGAAUUGAACUACUGAGAGAAUUUUAAUAUCUAGAGUUGUAUAAUUGAAAUGAACCAGUUGUGAUUUUCUGAUUAAAGAAUGGUGAACUUUAGAAUUAUGCUAUCUAUUUUACUGCAA